GGCAGCGGACGGCGGAGCGAUGAUCGGUCGGUCGGCGAUGCGGACGGUAUACGAGUUCACGGGGCGGCUCCUGUCCGGGGAGUCGGUGGGGUUGGAUCGGUACCGGGGGAAGAUCCUUCUCAUUGAGAAUGUGGCGUCGCUCUGAGGGACAACCGAGAGGGAUUACCGGCAACUCAACCAGCUGCAGAGCGACUUCCGGGACCGGAUCCAGGUCCUCGGCUUCCCCUGCAACCAGUUCGGGCACCAGGAGAACGGCUCCAACCAGGAGAUCCUCGACUCCCUGAAGUUUGUUCGGCCCGGAGGCGGUUUUGAGCCGGCGUUCCCUCUCUUCGAGAAGUGCGACGUCAACGGGGAGAAGGAGCUGCCGCUGUUCACCUUCCUGAAGUCGGCUCUCCCCUCCCCCAGCGAUGACCACCACUCCCUCAUGACCGACCCCAAGUGCAUCAUCUGGUCGCCGGUUCGCCGCAGUGACAUUUCUUGGAACUUCGAGAAAUUCCUGAUCGGGCCGGACGGAGUUCCGUACAAGCGCUACGGCCGGCGCUUCGAGACCAUCAACAUCCGUCCGGACAUCGAGGAGCUGCUGAGGGCGCAGAAAUGAACGCCGCGUGGCGCGGUGAUGGCGGCUCGUGACGCUCCGGAGGGUCCCGCCGGACGCAGGCGUCGCCUGCAGCCGUUUACUCAUGAUGCUCCACCUUCAAAACGAGAAGAGGCGGAGCUGAUGUUCUGUAAAUUGUCUGUAGGGGGCUCUGUGGUUGGUGGGAUUGCUUUUGGGAGACUCACUUUGUAUCCAAUAAAUGGAAUCUUUAAAUCAUGUGA